AUGUGUAAAGAAUUGGAUGUUCCAAUUCCUUUAAUUAAUAAAAGAAAAAUCUCUUCUCACAUAGACAGUAACAAAACACAAUUUGUUCAAGAAACUAAAGAAUCGGAACUUAGAAUAACAGCCUUUUAUCUAAUGAUAGACGUGAUGGUUCAUAGUAUUGAUGAACGAUUUAGCCAGGACACUAUACAAGCUAUACAUGCAGUUGAUAGUUUAAAACGUUUCAAUGUGAUAGUGAAAAACUAG